AUGGAGCACGGCCAGCAGGAGGAGGAGGAGGAGGAGCAGCAGCAGGUGAGCACGGGGUCGGGCGGGCGGGAGCAGCCGCUCACCGACCGGAGCGGUUGUGAGCCCUGGUUCUGGCUGACAGCAGAGCUGGCCAGCAGCUGCUCCUGGGACACCAAGCUGGGCCAGAGCUGUGCCAGGAGGGACCUGUCGGAGCUGCCCACGCUGGAGGAAGGGCUGCUGCCCUCAGCAGAAGCUUCUGGAGCUGCAGUUCCUGCUUCACCCCUGGAUGUCCAGGAGAGCCGAUUCUCCCCCUGCCUGCCCCUGCUGCUGAGCCCAGCCCGGGGUGAGACGUUCCUGCAGGGAUCCCAGAUGGAUUUCCUUCCCCUCAGAGGAGUCCCGGAUGUUUCUGGAGCAUCCCUGGAGCGUUCAGAGCCUGCCCACAUCCAUGGCACUGCAUCCCUGAGGGGCCCAGCCCUUCCCAGCCCACCCCAGCACUCCCAGCCUGUGGCACAGGAGGAUCCUGGAGCUGCUCCCCAGCCUGGGCAGCCCCUGGGCAGCCAGGGGGACAAUGGGGACAGUGGGGAGAGUGAGCAGGAGGCACCAAUCCCCCUGGGCAGGGGGGAUGCAGCGCAGCCAGCUCCAGAGCAGGGGCUGGGGCAGCCCUGGGGCACAGCUGGGAGGGAUGGACACUGCUAUGGUCACCCCUGUGGUCAUUCCUCCCGGGACAGUGAUGGCCCAGCUGCUGCCCCUGAGCUCUCAGAGGGGAACAAGGAGUCCCCGGGGCAGGAGGAAUCUUCCUCCUCCUCCUCCUCCUCCUCCUCCUCCUCAGGAAACUCCUACAGAACUGCCCUGACCAAAUUCUCUGAGAAAAGCGAGAGGGGUGUGCAGCAGACAAAGGUGAAGGUGGCUGGCAGUGGGGCAGGAGCCCUGGAGAAGCUGGAGAAGGGAAGGAAGGUGCCUCAGCUUGGUUUGUCCCAUAACUUCUCUGAGGGCCUGAUGAAAGGCCAUGCCAAGAACUCGGCUGCUGAAGAAGUUCUUUGUGCAGCAGCCUCUGGGGCAGGCAGAGGAGGGCUGCAGGAGCCUGGGGUGCAGCCCAGGGGCUCUGGAGGGCUCAGGGGCUCCCAGGAGCGGGGGCUGGCCUCCAUGGCUGCUCCUCAGGGGCUGCAGGGAGCUCUCCUGGGCCAGCAGCAGCCAGCAGGGAAGCUGGGGACAGAGGGGCUGCUCCCUGCUGGGACACCCAGCCUGACCCAGCCCCAGGAUGCUGCCCCCUGCCCUGGGCACUCCCCAGAGCCUGCAGGGAGCAGGGAUGAGCUCACUGCCUCUGACUGCUCCAUACAGAGGGGACACAAAGCCACAGAGAUCUCCCCUUCCUUCAGCCUGGGGGCUGAGGGCUCCUUCUCCCUGCUCCUGCCUCAUCCCAACUUCCAGUCCACGCCAGGGGUGUUCCUCAAGAGAGCUGGGAAGGCAGAAGGACCUGGUGAAGGCCUGGUGAUGCUCUCAGACCUUCAGGCCUCUCCUUGGUGUCCCAGUGAAGAAGCCCCAGGGAUGUCCCCUGUCCCUGGGGAGGAGCAGCCCCCUCCCCAGAGUGCUGUGGCAGAGACCUGUGGGCGUUUGGAGUCCCUGAAGCUGGAAUCUCCCUGCCCUGGCAGGAUGCAGUCCUUCCCCUCACUGAGCUUCCUGGAGAAGGUGGGAGCCUGGCACCUGCAGGGUGCUCCCACCUGUGUGCCAGGUGCAUCUUCUCCUGCAAGGAAAGCCUCCAGUGCACCUCCCAGGCAUUCAGGCUGUGUUUCAGCAGUGCAGGAAAGCCUGGGGGACCCCAAGGGCAGUGCUGCUCGUGCCUGCAGGGGCACAGGUUCUCUGGGAAAUGUGCAUUUCCCUCAGACUGAGCUGCUGCCUGCCCUCCCUCUGAGCAGGUCCCAGUCUGACAGCGCCAUGAACAUCUCCAGCAGGAGCACAGCCCUGCCUGCCCUGAGCCCUGCAGCACAGGGGGAGCAGAGUGCUGCUCUGGGGGGCUCUGACAGCCCCACCCCACAGAAGGGGCUGCCUGGAUCCCCUGCUGAAGAUGGGCACAGCACCACCAGGCGAAGCUCAGCCCCAGAUGUGUUUGUGCCCAGUGCUGCUCAGCUCCUUCCAAAGGAUGGGAGCUCCCCAGCUGAGGAGCACCAGGACUGUGAGGAGAAGGGAAAUCAGUCCCUCAGCCUCAGUGUCCCCACUGGUCACAUUAUGGACAGCUUUGGAGUCAUUCCCUUGGAGAGUCUGACUUUUCCUGUUGGUCCUGAGGAGCCUCAGGGGGCCCUGGUGGUGCCCAGGCCCUGCCCCAGUGCAGGAGGGAACAGCCCCAUCCCCUCUGGAGCAGCCCUGGAGACUCCCAAGAAGGAAGAGCUGAAUAUUGAAGAAAGGAUCCCGGUGUACCUGCGGAACCUGGGCAUCGAGCAGUCCCCUGGCACCAUCCUGGCCCCCUUUGUGCCCCGCGGGCCCCUCCGGGAGCUGGAGUUCUCCCCAUGGGGGCUCAGGAGCCUGCAGCCCCCCCUGGACACGGCCCCCCUGGACAGAGUCCCCCCGCAGGCCCAGGGUGCCUUGCUGCCAGCCUUUGAGCUGUCCCAGGCCAGCUUUGGCUCGGAUGUGUCCCCUCUGAGCGUGUCCCUCUCCGUGGGCUCAGAGGCUGGCUCGGAGCAGGAGCAGGACCUGCUGUCCCCCCCGGAGCUCAGUGCCAUCUCCCCCACGCUCUCUGGGCACUCCCCAGCCAGCCAGGGCAGUGUGCCAGGCCCCCAGCUGGAGGGGGGAGGCCCAGGGGGCACAGAGGGGUCCCCUGGACCUGCUGGGGCAGAGCAGAACCUGCCCAGCUGCUCCUCGGGCAGGGAUCCCCGGGAUGGGGGGAGAAGGGCUCAGGGUGCCCUUGCUGACCCUGAGUGCAGGAGCUCAGACAGCAGCCAGCAGGGAUGGGCUCUGUCUGGGCUUGGGAAUGACAUGGAAUUGGACAGAGCAUCCUCGAGCUCUGGGGUGGGAAGUGAGAGCAGCCAGGGCCAGGAAAGGGAAUCCCUGAUGGGCCCUGAGGCCCUGCAGGAGCUCCGGGAGCUGCUGGCACAGGCAGAGGGUCUGGCUGCCAGCUGGAGCCGUCCUGGUGGCCCCACAGCCUCCUGCACAGAGCCUGGGGAGGCUCCCCCGGGGCUGGGUGGGAGGGAGGAGGAUCCAAAGGAUGCCAGGUUAGGCCAGGACUGGAUCCCAAAGCUGCAGGACACACUGACAUGGGAUGAGGCCGUGACCCCGAGGCGUGUGCGGGCACAGGAGCUGGACACGGACCCUCUGGAUUCUGCCAGCUGCCAGCUGGCAUGGGGACACCCUCUGGCUGUCAGCUCCCAGUGCAGGGAAGGGCUGAGGGCAGUGGCCCAAGAGCCAAGGACAGGGAAAUCCAUGGGGAGGUGGGAGCCAGAAGGGAGCAGCAGUGUGGGCAGGAGCCAGGCUGCCCGUGCAGGGCUGGCACAGAGCACUGCCAGCAGCCUCCUGGGCAUUGGCACAGCCCCACAGCCCAGCCAUCCUCCUCCCCUGGAGCCCCUGGGCAGUGCCCCCGCUGGCCUGGGCAAUUCCCUGGGCUCCUGGGGCCAGGCUGGCACCGCAGCAGGGACACAGGGCAGCGAGGACAGCAGCAGUGGGGAUUCCCUCAGUGCCCGGGUCAGGAGCCUCCUGAGGAGGGCUGGGCAGUCCCAGCAGCCGGGCAGUGCCCCGGGGGUGGUGCAGGACAGCCUGCCCGGGGCUGGAGUUGCUCGGAGCCUGCCAGGAGCUGCCCUGAGCCCAGCGGGCAGCAGCAGCAGCGGUGACUCGCUGGCCACCCGUGUCCGCAGCCUCCUGGGCACCACUGCCCCGGCCAGCCAUGUCCUGAAGAGCGCUGAGGAGCACGAGAGGAGGAUCCGAGCCUGGGUGAAGAUGAAACUGGCCAGCCAGUCCCAGGAGUGUGAGGCAGACUGGGAUGAAGAGCAUCAGCUCAGGAUGGAGGCAAUCAAGGCAGAGCUGCUCCCAAAGCCCAGGGAACCUGCACCAGCCAAGGAUCCCUGGCUCUGUGGUUUGGAAGCAACUUCUGAGUACUUGAGGAAGCAGGAGCAGGACCUGGAGGGUGUGCAGGGUCCCAGGUGUCCCAGGGACAGGCAUGGACAGCUCUCCAGGACCUGGGAACUCCUCCAGCCCCGCUCACCACCAGCAGCACCAUUCCCUAGAGCUGGUCCCUGGCAUUCCUCCCUGCUGAAGGACAUGCACCUGAAACCUUGGGGUGCUGCUGACCUGCAGGAUGUGCAGCUGAAACCUUCUGGUGUUGCUGACCUGCAGGAUGUGCAGCGGAAGCUCUACAGUGCUGCUGACCUGCAGGACAUGCAGCUGAAGCCCUGCAAUGCUGCUGACCUACAGGAUGUGCAGUUGAAGCCCUGGGGUGCUGCUGACCUGCAGGACAUGCAGCUGAAGCCCUGCAAUGCUGCUGACCUGCAGGACAUGCAGCUGAAGCCCUGCAAUGCUGCUGACCUGCAGGAUGUGCAGUUGAAGCCCUGGGGUGCUGCUGACCUGCAGGACAUGCAGCUGAAGCCCUGCAAUGCUGCUGACCUGCAGGAUGUGCAGUUGAAGCCCUGGGGUGCUGCUGACCUGCAGGACAUGCAGCUGAAGCCCUGCAAUGCUGCUGACCUGCAGGAUGUGCAGUUGAAGCCCUGGGGAGCUGCUGACCUGCAGGAUGUGCAGCUGAAACCUUGGGGUGCUGCUGACCUGCAGGAUGUGCACCUGAAGCCCUGCAGUGCUGCUGAGCCACAGGAGAUGCAGCUGAAGCCCUGGAACACUGCUGACCUAAAGGACAUGCAGCUGAAGCUCUACAGUGCUGCUGACCUGCAGGAUGUGCACCUGAAACCUUCUGGUGCUGCUGACCUGAAAGACAUGCACCUGAAGCCCUGGAACACUGCUGACCUGCAGGACGUGCAGCUGAAGCCCUGCAGUGCUGCUGAGCCACAGAAGAUGCACCUGAAGCCCUGGAACACUGCUGACCUAAAGGACAUGCAGCUGAAGCUCUACAGUGCUGCUGACCUGAAGUCCUGGAACACUGCUGACCUGCAGGAUGUGCAGCUGAAACCUUCUAGUGCUGCUGACCUAAAGGACAUGCAGCUGAAGCCCUGCAAUGCUGCUGAGCCACAGAAGAUGCAGCUGAAGCCCUGGGACACUGCUGACCUGCAGGAUGUGUACCUGAAGCCCUGCAGUGCUGCUGACCUGCAGGCGAUGCACCUAAAGCCCUGGAACACUGCUGAGCUGCAAGUGCACACCCAGCACGCAGCCAUGGGGCACCCCAGGCUGCAGCUCCUCAGGAACCAGCCCAGCAGCCCAGGAGCAUCCAGGCUGGGAAGGGACAGACCCUGA